CUAAGUACUGCUGUAUUAGUUUUCGUUGUCUAAGAAAUAAAUUUUGAGUUUUAAUUUUCUUUUCUACAGGAAUAUUCCGAUGAAUGGAGAUGCAAACAUCUCUAACAAUUCAAAGGUUUUUUCCCAGGGAGAAACCAGGCUAAUUGACCAACACUUACAAAUGGGCAUCACAUUAUCACAGAGUGCAGAAAAUGAAGCAACUUGGCCAUUCUAUGUAUUCUUAGCUGGUGCAAUGUUCUGUCUUUUAUCAAGCAGCAUUUGCCAUCUCUUCUCAUGCCACUCACAAAAAUUGAACCUUUUCUUGGUCCAAAUGGACUAUGUUGGCAUCACAAUCAUGAUCAUCACAUCCUUUUUCCCACCAAUGUACUACAUCUUUCAAUGUUCACCACACUGAGGCAAAUUGUUUAACUCACUGGGAUCACAAUUUUGGGAAUUUGCAGUAUCACAACUCUAAUCUUUCCCGUGUUUUCGAUUGGAAAAUAUCGAUCGUUUUGGGCCGGGCUCUUCAUGUCCAUGGGCUGUUUUGGCCUCUUUCCUGCAAUUCAUGCACUUGUGGUGAACUGGAAUGAUCCUGUGAGGAAUGUCACACUUGCAUAUGAAUCUGCCAUGGCAUUGUGUUAUAUAAUAGGGGCUUUUUUUUAUGUUAGUCGAGUACCAGAGAAAUGGAGGCCCGGAUUGUUUGAUCUAGUUGGUCAUAGUCAUCAAAUAUUUCAUACAUUUGUUAUUUUUUGGUGAAUUGACACACUGUGCUGCAAGGAUUUUCUUGGACUAUUGGACCCCACUAGGAUGUGACAAUGGAUAGAGAUUGAUGCAUUUUGA